CAACGGCAUCGGAUUCGUUUGGAGUGUCUACAUGGCAGCCUUCUGCAGCUACGAGCCCGUUCUCCGGAAAUGCUUUUAAUACGGCGCCCACUGCCCCCAUUGCGCCCAUUCCCCCUGUCGCGAAUGCUCCGACGACAGCUCCUGGUGCCAAUCGAUUCGCGAAGAGCGUUCUCCCGGCAGUGCAGUCGAAACCAGCCUCCUUCCCGCCGGGGACGGGUGGUACGGUACCUGUCACGUCUACACCGAAAGCAAUUGAUACUACACCGCUUUCCAACGAUUCGGGAAUUGAUGCGGCAUCGCGCCAAACCCGUUUCACUGACGCUGGCGAUGUUUCGGCGAUAUACCAUCAGGAGCGAGAUGAGCGUGAAAAGGAGCGAGCACGGCUAAUAAAGGCUGGUGUUAUUGACGAUCCGGAGGUGAAGAAGACUUUGGAGCAAGCCAUCACGUUUGUCGGAACCUGCACCGAGAUGUGUCCGAGAUUCGAAUGCAUACAGAGACAACAUCAGCGAAUGAUCGACCGUCUUGAGCUUUCCAAUGGGAAGCCAGAUCACCGGCUGUUUGUCAAGUCCUUUCACCGUCCGGCGGCCGGAAUGGAGAAUCCUUUACCCCAAGAUGUUCGUACUCCCGAGACCUUGGUGACGACUCUACGGUAUCUUGUGCACGACAUCUUGGGGAAAAACCCCUGGCAAGAAUGUCAUGCUUUUGUGAGGGACCGCACUCGGAGUAUCAGACAGGACUUCACUUUCCAGAACUAUGAAGGAGGUGAAUUGGUGCAAUGUACGGAGAUCAUUGCUCGUUUCCACAUCCUGGCGCUUUACAAGAUGAUUGGCCAUCCAGACCAUGCAGAGUUUAUGGAGUGCGAGCAACUGGACAAAUGCUUGACGACCCUCGGCUUUCUAUACAGGGACGGGAAGAAGAAGGGUAAGGUGUUCCCCAACGAAUCCGAAUUUCGAGCCUACAUGAUCCUACGACACUUGCGGGAUCUCUAUGUUGAGCAGCAACUCGCUUUGAGGGAAUGGCCCGAAGAAGUAUGGCAAUCGAGCCAGGUCAAGCAUGCUUUGAGAAUAUACACUACGGUGCAACGAUACGACCGACCGGCUGAAGAUGGACUCCAUGCGCAACAUUACGUGAACACGUUUUUCGAACUCGUUAAAGCCUCCGAGACGGACCUUUUCACGGGAUGUUUGGUGCAGAUUUGCUUCGCGGAAGUUCGGAAAUACGCCCUGAAGAUCAUGACGGAGAACUACAUGAAGACUUCGAAGAUGACUACCGUUCAGUUCAUCAAAGACUGUUUACAUUACGAGACUGUCGAACAAGUUGUGGAAGAUCUUCAACACUAUGGCUUGACGGUGGCUGAACACACGGUUGAUGGAGUUUCAUACUUGCACCUUAUCACUGGAAAGAAUUUAUUCAAUGGAGAAAAUAAUCCGACACGUACUCGAGCCCAUCCUACGCUAAUGCAACCCAAGGAGGCUGCCAUUGGAGGAUCUGGAAAGUCUCUAUCCGAUUUGAUUUGGGGCCCUGGGCAACAGAUUUACCAUCGCGACAAUAUCGAGUCACCCUUCCUACAGGAGCCUAGUUAUGCUUUGGAUCGCAACCCCGUCAACGAGAGGAACAUUCCUUCACGUGCAGCCGACUUCUUCAACUUCCCAGAGGCUGGUAUGGGUGAAUCUAACGAUGACGAAAAAGAGGACCAGGAGACGCCGGUGACACCAAUAUCUACGCCUUCGUUCGUGGCAAAGCCAGCUCCUGCCUUAGCACCAGUACCAGCACCGGCACCUACACCAGCACCUACAUUUGCUAAGCAGAAUGCUCCUAAUCCUUUCACAAAUAAUCCCUUCACAAGUGCCUCCGCCACUAUUUUCGCAAGUAAUCCAUUUGCAGCUCCUAUGAACAAGCCGCACGAGACCACGCCCGCUGGGACCAAGCCUGAGAGCAAGCCUGAGAGCAAGCCCGAGAGCAAGCCCGAGAGCAAGCCCGAGAGCAAGCCUGAGAGCAAUCCUGUUUCUCAAUUCGAUGACAAGCCUCUUGAGAGAAAGGCCUUUGGAUAUCCCUUUACGAAUGCGCUUCCACUUCCUGAGGCUAAACUUCCCGAGACCAAAACUUUCUCUUUCACACCUUCGGUUCUUGGCAAUACGCCUGCUGGCAAGCUUCCCGACUUCAAGCCCACCGAGAGCAAGCCAUUUUCUUUCGCUCCUUCAGUUCUCGAUAGCCAUGCCAAGAGCAGCAUCCCCGACUUCAAGGCAUUGGUGAACCAGCCGUUCUCACGAUUUGGGAGCGAGUCAGUAGGGCCCAGUCCAACGUCUAAACUACCCAGUGGCGAUGAUGUCGGAACGGUAUCCCCAGUGAGCGAGGCGCUGUGGUCAAGCUCUGCUGCCCAGACACAGCCAGAAUCGCCACCAAAGUUGGACGUGCCGCGUUCGCUGUUCGACAGGAUCACCAUACCUGCUCAGGCACCGGUAUUCCCACCCCCCCAGCUUGGAUUGGUCCAUGAACCAUCAGCUGCGGUGGAUCCUCUUCCGCCAGUUGUGUGUGAGCCUCUUCCCAUGGAAGAUCCCACACCAACUGCAGAGAUGGUGGCGAAGGCGGAGUCCUUCAACAGGCGUCGCGUCGUUGUUCCUGUCUUCUACGACUACUUGGAGAAGGCAAAGCGUAGGCUGCGCCGAACCGAGCGGAGGCAGCGUAAGGAGCGGGAACAGCAUCGCGCGACGUUUGCGAAGGACCCGCAGUGGUGGCCCAUUGCCAAGGGAAGCGAGUGGUACCACGAAUCUGUACAGCAGAUUCGUGAGCAGGUGUUCAAACCUGCGGAACUCGAAGUUUCGAUUCCAGGAAUCGUUCACCUGGCCCUCGAGAAAUCGGGUGUAUCCCGCGCCACGUACCGUAUGUUGAUUCACAACAACGACUUGUACGGGGCGGGAGGCCAGAGCGAAUUCUGGUUUCACCAGAAGUUCCUGGGCGCAAAGGAUGAAGUUGUCAUCCCCAGCAGGAACGGACUGGGUAACAAAUUUGUUGCCCAGUCCGUCGUCUACGAGGAACAGGCACCAGAUGUCGGUUUCCUGCUGUUCGGAUGUUCAGCAGACUUUGCGACCUCGAGCGAGGAGCGCUUCGCCCGUGACCGCGAGAAUCUCCACAGUAUUGUGGACCAUCUCACGAUGGUCUCUAACUUGGAGAAACUCGCGGUCAUGGUGAUCUGUUACCGCUCGCCCAUCGACGACGAGCCAGCUAAUCCUACGGGAUUGGACGAGCGUACGCUGGGAGCGGAACGCAGGAGGAGGGUGGAGCUGGUAAAGGGCGCCCUUGGCUUCUCUCGUUUUGGGGAGAAGGUUGUCGGGAGGCAAGUGGCAAUGGUCGAGACCCUUCUCGACCUUGACCUUGCGCAUGGAGUGCGUAGUUUCGCUCAGGAUUUUAUCCUGGAGACUGUGCACUCCUGCAACUCUCCGAGCAGCUCUCCUGGCGAAGAGACCAAGAAGCGCAGGAGGCAGGAGGUCCCCGCCCCGGAGACUCCCCUGGCUGGACGUAUGUCACAAGAGAAGCGGAGACGCAUUACUCCUCCGGCAACUCCAGCCGCUCCGCGGGCGAGGGACCCCGCUCCUCUCCACCCUUCCCCCCAGUCCUCCGCCAGACGCAGUCGAGGCGAGGACACCCCGAUGGGGCGCUAUCGCCGCAAGAGGGAAGAGGAGGCUGAGCGGG